CUACCCGAGUCUAUGGCAUGUCGGUUCUAUGUGGCCACCGUCCUCGUCGAAACAACGAUAGACUUAGCUAUAGAGGGGGAGCUGUUUCUGCGGGUCCGUGAAAAGAUGAAGGCCGACUCACAAACGGACGAUGGCGCUCAAAUGGCCACUUCAAGGAUGCCGGUAUACCUCAGCAUCUUCGCGCUAGCGCACGUAUUCCAAUUUGUGAUGGCUGUGGAUGCGGUAUAUGCCCGCAAUACCCUGCAAUUCAUCUGUCUAACAAUAUUCAACGCGCUCUUUCUCAUUUAUGCUAUUAUCCAAAUCAAAGAAAUUCGUGAUGCUUUGGUGGGCGCGUCUACACCAGGAGUCUCCAAUAUCCCCAUAAACGUCUUAACGACAAUAAUACCCAUCGUAAUAUCGGUAGCCGAAAUCGCUUACAUCGGUUUGGGCUGGAAAAUAUACCACGAAUUCGGGUGGAAAGUUUACAAGUUUUUGGGUGCCGAUCGCCGCAUCAAGAAAAUGUAUGCCAAUUACCAAAUCUACGAAUGCCUGGUCAAGUUCGACGUCUUCUUCUGGGCGGGCUUUUCAGUCCAAUUCAUCUGGCUCGUGCUCCAAGACACGGAUUGGGAAUACUACGUUACUUGUGCCGCACUUCCCCUUUCUAUUGUCCUAUUGGUGGAGGGUCAUUUGGCUGCACGGCACGAAAACAAGUGGAUGAUGGCGACCUUUAUGUCGGGAUGCGUCGGUGCGAUGGUUUAUUUUAUUUACAAGCUCAUCAAAGUGCUUCUUUAUCUGGGAACCGACCAGUAUCGGCUUGUGUGGAAGUCCCUCACUGUAUUCUCUGUCAUUGCCAUUGCCCUCCUUUUCGCUACAUUCGUCUUUUCCAUCAUUAUCCUGAGGAACUUUGGACAGGGACUCAAGGAUGCUCGUACGCAUCCCUCUCGUCUUUCAGCCUAUCUACGCUAA